UGCUGAUGAGACGCUGAUAUUAUUCUCUUGACACGUAGCUAAGUUGGCGGAGUCCAGAGUUGAAUUGUUCAACGUUGCAGACGGUCAGAAAUGUCAGGGUCAGGGUUUGACAACCUCAACACAGAUUUCUACCAGUCCAGCUACAGUGUAGAUGACCACGGGCAACCUGCUGGAUAUGGCUACAGUAACACAGAAGAUCCCUACAAACAGGCUCAAUAUGGUCAGUAUGACUACUCCCAGCCAAUGGGAUACGCAGCCCCAGGGAUGAUGCAACCUCAGCAGCCCUACACCGGCCAGAUCUACCAGCCCACACCGGCCUUCACACCUUCCCCCACACAGUCCAUGUACGGCAGCAGCUUUGACGACGAGCCCCCGCUGCUGGAGGAAUUAGGCAUAAACUUUGACCACAUCUGGCAGAAGACCCUGACGGUGCUCCACCCCAUGAAGGCAGCAGACGGUAACAUUAUGAACGAGACUGACCUGGCUGGACCCAUGGUGUUCUGUCUGGCCUUCGGAGCCACCUUACUUCUAACAGGAAAGAUCCAGUUUGGCUAUGUGUACGGCAUCAGUGCCAUCGGCUGCCUGGGGAUGUACUGCCUCCUCAACUUAAUGAGCAUGACCGGCGUGUCGUUUGGCUGUGUCGCCAGCGUACUGGGCUACUGCCUGCUACCCAUGAUCCUCCUUGCCAGCUUCGGAGUCAUCUUGUCUUUACAAGGCAUGUUUGGAAUAAUCAUCGCAGCCACGAUAAUUGGCUGGUGCAGUUUCUCUGCUUCCAAGAUCUUCAUCUCGGCCCUGGCCAUGGACGGACAGCAGCUUCUGGUGGCGUACCCCUGUGCCCUCCUCUACGGGGUCUUCGCCCUUAUCUCUGUCUUCUAAAGAGUGUGUCUGUCUACACCAGGGUUCCUCCGAACUCGGUCCUGCGGCUCUGAUGCACAUUUCCUUUUUUUGCCCUAGUACUACAUAGGUGUUUUGAAUAACCAACUCUUCAAGCUUUGAUUAUUUGAGUCAGUUGUGUAGUGAUAAGUCCAAAACCAAAAUGUGCACCCAGGUGGGGGACAGAGUUGGGGAAACCCUGGUAUAGAACAGUGUUUUCCAACUCCUAUCCUCCUGUACCUCCAACAGUACACAUUCUUCCUGUAGCCAGUACACAUUCUUCCUGUCAACUUGUCAACUAAUCAAGCCCUCAUUGAGUUGAAUCAGAUCAGUUUGUCUGGGGCUACAACAAAAAAAAUGUAUGCUAAUGGAGGUACUGGAGGACUGGCGUUGGGAAACACUGGUCUACACCCUGCAAACGGACCAACAAACCCAAUUAACUUUGACAGGCCCUAGAGGCCCUUCUGUGCUGCACCCCCAUCGCAGUGGUGUGGCCAGCUACCCUGUCUGUUGCAUUCCAUUUUUACACCCGCCUACAGGGGUCCACGCAAAAGUAUAAAUUCCAAACCCCUUCUAUUCAGGACUAAGGACCCAUCCACCGACCAUCACAGAAUCUUCUAUUUCAUGUAAAACUUCUUUAUUCUGUAUGUUUGUUUCUUAGAUUUAUUUGAGCCUCGAGGCCUUCAGAAAAUGGUUUGCACAAGUAUUUUCAAUGUUAUUCAACUGAAGCAGGAGAGUUGAAAUAGAGCAGUUAGUUAAUUCUGUCUUCUAUAUCAACGGCCCUCUCAUGCAUACAUGCACAUCUGGGUACUCUGAGGUCAACUUGCAUCUCGGAAGAGGACAUGUCUUACAAAGCUGAAAUCGUUUUAAAUUGCUGAAACACCAAAGCUCUGUGCCCUUCCCCGCUAUAUUUCCCAGCCCUCUCAGGUUGGCCCCAGCGCAUGGCCUAACCGAGAGCCUCCUUAGCUAACUGCAUGUGGUCACGGGUGUGUUAGUUAUGCAGCUUGUGUGAUUGUAAACUUUGGUCAGUCAGUGCCUGCGUAAUGACAGCUGCACAUGCAGACUCACAGAAUUGAUGUCCAAAACAAAGAAUAGAGAUGUUGGUUUUUCAUUUUCUCUAUUGACCAGUGGGAACCAGCUAAUGUGCGCCUCAUGACCUAGUUUUUGUUCAUAUUUACCGGCACGUUUAUUUUUAUUGUAAAAUGAUAGUUUGUUGAUCACAUUAAAGCUGAAAUAUGUACCUUUUUGGGCGACCCGACCAAAUUCACAUAGAAAUGUGAGUUAUAGCUCUGUCAUUCUCAUUUGAAAGCAAGUCUAAGAAGCAGGUAGAUAUGUUCUUUGUACGCUAUUUCUAUGCUUUCCUUUAGUUUAAUUUUUGCAUAUUUUACUUUUGAUUUUGUACACAAGCUGGAAAUAUAAUAGUUUUGGUUAUGGAAAAUAUAUUUCAAAGCUGUAUAGAUGGUACAAUGAUUAUCUACACUAUACUUGCUUGUAUAACUGAAAUUAGGAGAACUAUUAGUAACCAGGAAAUGGCGGCAUGAUUUCUGCAUAGUGCAUCUUUAACUGCACUGUGUAAUGGUAUUGUACUACAGGUUGUCAAACCACACACGAAGUAGCUCAUAUAUCCUGAGUUGUCUCCUACACCUUAACUUAAAUCAUCCUUUUCAUGCAGUUGAUCAGUUUUCUAUUCAACCUGUAGGUCAGGGCUCUCCCAACCCUGUUCCUGGAGAGCUACCAUCCUGUAGGUUUUCACUCCAACCCUGUUCUUGGAGAGCUACAGUCCUGUUGGUUUUAACUUCAACCCUACUCUAGCGCACCUGAUUUUAAUAGUUAGCUGGUUGAUAAACUGAACCAGGUUAGUUACAACUAGGGUGGAGUGACAAUCUCUAAGAGGGUAGUUCUCCAGGAACAGGGUAGGAGACCGCCCUGCUGUAGGCUAUGCGUUGAGGUUUUUUUGGCUUCAGGUUGAAAGUUUCGGUCUUGCCAUUCACUUUGUCUGGACUGAUAUUAAAAGGUGGCUUUGGAAUUUUGUUUUCACACACAGGUGUCAUCUGAGAGGCUGUUAAUGAGCACAGGGUUUUAAGGUCAUUGUUUGUUUUGUUUUUGUGCUAAACCUGAGCUCCUCAAAUGGAUGCCUUUUUAUAUUUUUGCCCUCUUAAGCAUAAUGCGGAAAUUAAAAUGGAGUGCUUUUCUAUUUCAACAAACUUUAAGGGGAUACUGCAUUUCAAACAACCCAGAGUAAAUACAGUAAGUAGCCUUUCAUGAGCUAGCUGGAAUGGCUCAUAGGAGCAGAUCUCCUGAGGUAGCUUGACGUACAAGUAUACCCCCCUGGACAGGAUGCUAGUCUAUCGUAGGGCCUUACCCAAAAUCUAUCUUCUUAAUGCUGAGUGCCAGGCAGCGACGCAUGGUGUCCCAUUCUUAGUCUCUUUGUAUGAUGCGGCCGGGGAUCAAACUCCCAACCUUUCAAUCUCAGGGCGGACACAAGGCCACUGAGCAAUUACAGUGCUGCUCUUAUAUGGCCAAGUAUUUAUAUACUGUAUCAUUUGUUUUGUACAUCAAAGUCAAUGUUGUGCUUUUGUCAUGUGGAAAUUCUUUAUAGAUGGGCGUCGUGCUUGGGUGGUUUUAUCGGCCACUAUCUAAAUAAAAUAUCUGUCAUGUCA